CCAGGGGCUGCAGGUGGAUCUCUGCUUCCCAGUGGUCCCCCAUGGGCUGCAGGGGAAUCUCAGUUCUGGUGCCUGGAUCACCUCUUCUCUCCCAAUCUUCCUUCACUGACCUGGGUGUCUGCAGACCUGUUUCUCUCACAUAUUCUUGCUCCUCUCUUCUCUGGCCACAAUUACUUCUAUGCAGUAACUUUUAUUUCUUAAACAUAUCUCAAAAGAAGACAUUAUUGUGCACAAGUUGAUGGCCACAGAUGGUUAAGCUCUCUCCAUGUCUGAUUUGAGGAAGUGUGAGACAUCUUACUCUCGAACAGACUGUAAUGUGACUUGGAACUUUGAAACCAGCAGACCUAUCUCCAUUAAGUGAUGCUAUUACAAUCUAGAGCUUGACAGAUUGUUUCUGUGUUAGUACCAUCACUUGGCAUUUUUCCUGUAAUCAUGUGCUUACUCCUGACAUUACCUUACAGACUUUUCUUCAACGGCAGAAGUUUUUCCUGAAGUGUAUGAAGACCUAACCUUACCCUUUCCUUCGGCAAAAGCCAAGUAUCACCAAUUCAACAACCCGAGAUGCCUACAGAAGUGCACUAAGAGAGCACAGGACUAAGCAGGACCCUGUGGAAACGCAUCUGGAGCCACCGGCUGCCCUGCGCUCACUGCACUGCACCGACGUCCUGCGGCCGGUAUUUGCCAUAGGGAACGCACAAUUCUCUUUCAGAACACGAGUUUUUCCUCCAGGCGUUCAAAACAUUAAUCUAUUCCUUGGCAGCAGAAACGAGCUGCUGGAUGUAGAAGGAAAGUAGGUCGUGCGCACGGAAAAUGCCUCUAAGGGACAAGUGUUGUCAGACUGACCACCAUCACCAUGGGUGCUGCGAACCAGUGCAUCUCUUGGAACCUGGUGAUCCUCCGUUAUUGCAGCAGCCUCUGCAAACAUCAAAGUCUGGUAUUCAACAAAUCAUCGAGUGUUUCCGAUCAGGAACGAAACAACUUAAACAUAUCUUGUUAAAAGAUGUGGACACCAUUUUUGAGUGCAAAUUGUGCCGGAGUCUCUUCAGAGGAUUACCAAAUUUAAUUACUCAUAAAAAGUUUUAUUGUCCUCCAAGUCUGCAGAUGGAUGAUAACCUUCCAGAUACAAAAGAUAAGCAGAGUCAAGCCAUAAAUGACCUUCUUGAAGCAAUCUAUCCAAGGGUAGAUAAGCAAGAAUAUAUCAUUACUUUAGAACCUAUAGAAACUAAUCAAAAUGCUGUAUUUCAAUAUGUGUCAAGGACUGAUAGCCCAGAUGAGAACACAGAAAGUAGCCAUACCCCCGAUCAAGUUCCAGUCCAGAUACAGGAACCCAGCACUGAGCAACCCAAGACUGUUUCAGCUCCAGCCCCAGUCCCAGCUGGGGAGACUGUGGAAUUACCUCCUGCUGAUCCUGUUACAAACAAGGUGAUAUCUACUCCUGAAGAACAGCCUCCAGCAGUAAAUCCUGACUUGGACUCUCUGGAUAAUUCUGAUUAUGGCCACCAGUUGAUUUGUUGCCUCUGUAGGAAGGAAUUUCAUUCAAGACGCAGUGUACGCCGGCACAUUCGAAAAGUACACAAAAAAAAGAUGGAAGAGCUAAAGAAGUACAUAGAAACAAAAAAGAAACCAAACCAGUGCUCUGCAAAAGGACGAAAUAAGAAUGUUCUCGUAACAUUAGGUAGAAGUUGUCCUGUGUGUUAUAAAUCAUUUGCCACAAAAGCCAAUGUAAGGAGGCAUUUUGAUGAAGUUCAUAGAGGAUUAAGGAGGGAUUCCAUUACUCCUGAUAUAGCUACAAAGCCUGGGCAACCUUUGUUCUUGGAUACAGUUUCUGCUAAAAAAUCUUUUAAGACCAGAAAACAAAAGUCGUCUUCAAAGGCUGAAUACAAUUUAAGUGCAUGCAAAUGCCUUCUGUGCAAGAGAAAAUAUAGUUCACAAAUAAUGCUGAAAAGGCAUAUGCAAAUUGUUCACAAGAUAACUCUUUCUGGAAAGAACUCUAAAAGAGAGAAAGGACCCAACAAUACUACCAAUGGCACAGAACUAAAAGUUGAACCAGCAGAUUCUGUAGAACCUUCACCCCCUUCCAUUGCGCUUUCUCCACAGAAUGAAUUAAAGGGAACAAAUCAUUCAAAUGAGAGAAAGAACACACUGUCAGCACAGAAAAAUAAGGUCAAACAGGACCCUGAAAACCCUAAAUCAACUUCUAAAUCAACUACUAAAUCAACCUGCAAAUCAGCCACUAAAUCAACCCCUAAAUCAACCAAUGCAUCUGCUGCAGGUGGCCAGCAAAAAACCAGGAAGCCAAAACUUUCAGCUGGCUUUGACUUCAAGCAGCUUUACUGUAAACUCUGUAAGCGCCAGUUUACUUCUAAACAGAAUUUAACAAAACACAUUGAAUUACACACAGAUGGAAAUAAUAUUUAUGUUAAAUACUACAGGUGUCCACUCUGCUCUUAUGAAACGCGCCGCAAGCGUGAUGUGAUAAGACACAUAACUGUGGUUCAUAAAAAGUCACCACGCUACCUUGGGAAAAUAACUGCAAGUUUAGAAAUAAGAGCAAUAAAGAAGCCAAUUGAUCUUGUUCUAAAUAAGGUGACAAAAAGAGGCUCUCAGAGGGAUGAAACAAAACAGAUUGGUUCAAAACAGGAUGUCACCUCUAAUUCUCCCAGUAAAAAGUAUGAAGGAGCUGAUGUUGGCAUUGAAGUAAAAGUAACAAAAAACUUUUCUCUGCACCAAUGCAAUAAAUGUGGGAAAGCAUUUGCCAGAAAAGCUUUUCUAGAACAUCAUAAGAAAACCCACAAAGCAAAUGUAUCUCAUUCACCUGAAGAAAGUAAAACCAAAGGCAGAAGUACAAGAUCUAAAGCUGUUGUCUGGACAGUACCACUUUCCAGAACACUGAAGUAGUUGAAGUGAAAUGCACAUGCUUCUAAAUUAGCAGUUAUCUCUAUGCAGUUGUAGUUUGACCCAGUAUAUAACAAACUUCCUGAAACUGAAAAAGGGUGUACCAGAGACAAGGUAAUAAACAGCAGCUGUGGAAGAAGGUGGUCUUUCCUCAUUUAGGAAAUAUCCAGAAAACUCAUCGUGCAUCCUGGUCCUCCCUGGUAGUGCUAAUUGAUGGACAGACUUUGAUGUGAUAUCCUACUUUGGUAAAUGUUGUGUUAUAUACUGUUUUAAAUUUAUUACAAAUGAAUGUAUAAGAGCAAACAAUGUAGUGUUAUUGGCUGAAUUCUACUAAUUUUUACUAUUUGCCAUAAAUUCAGUUUGUUCCUAUUGACUAAUUUCCCAGUUCAAGGACAUUCUGAAUUUCACUGUGCUGAAGUUGCUUUGAAGACCUCCAUUUUGUUUCCAUAUGUGGUUCAUGGAAAACUUUGUAAACAUCUAGGAAGUUUACAAGAAUAUCCACAUUCCUAUAUCCUUUAAUUUUUUUAAAAAAAUUUAUACACAAGCACUUUAAUGAUAGUUGCAGUUUAUUUUUUCAGUUUAUUUUUGAAAGAUCAACACACUAAUGUUAAUAUGAAGGUAGUGAAUAUUUGCUGAUGUAUUAUAGACAAUCUGUGCACAACCACUUAUAAUGUUAGCUUAUUUCAUUAAAUAUUAAUAAAAAGGGAGGAUAGUUUGGGAGAAACUCAAAAUAUAUUUUCUCUCAAAAUCGUAAAUGACCACUGUGGGUAGCACUUGACUUUGUAUAAUUGGAAAAUGUUUUAGAUACCUUUUUUUAACCUUUUAAAAUUAAGAUUGUAGUAAAACAGUUGCAUGCCUACCAUUAUGAAGUUCUUGGCAGGUUUCAUGCUAUCAUGGGUUUUGUUUUGGGGUUUUUUUGUUGUUUGAGGGGGUUUUUUGUUUGUAUAUUUUUUAUUUUUUACCUUUUAGAAAAUAUUUUGUUUAGUGAUUUGUGUCAAAUUGCUACAAUUUGAAAGGUAUUGUACAUCAGAAGAAAUACCAUGUUUUUUAUAUCGGUUCACUCCCUUACUUAGGGAGGUGCCUCGUGUUCAUAUAUACUUUUUUUGUAUAAAAUAUAUCUAAAUGUUGAUCACAAGAUCAGGAGUAAAAAUGCUUUUAUGGAUAGAGAACUAUUUGGCCCUGUUAGUGCAUUGCACUAAAAAUACUGUGAAUGGGAACUAAGAUUGUAGCUUUGCUCAAAAUGUUCUAUAUUGAAUGUACAUGCUUUUGUUUGGAUAAAUGUACUGUAUUUGAUGGAAAAUAAAGGAGACUGGAAAUGAUUUUUAAGUGGGCAUAAAUAGAAAGAUGCUGUGUUUGUAAACUUGGGAUAUCUGUCACUCCACAACUGAAAAUUACAUUGUUUGCAUUUUGUAAAGUUUUAUUUGUUGAUCAUUGAAG